GACUUGCUGGUCUCUUCACCGUACCACGUCUCUCCCUCUCCCGUCGCCGUUAAUACCGCCGCCUUCACAAUCCGGAAACUCUCUUCCGCCAUCUUCAACCCCUUCCCCAUCUCGCAUGAGCACCAGCAGAGUCGCCCUUCCACGUGAGUGUUCCUCCAGAAGCUACUCCCAGAUGCUCCAAGCGUUCACCUCGAGUAGAUCCCUCACCCACGGGAAGGCCAUACACGGACGCUUGAUGAGGUCCGGAUUCGACGCCGAUGCGUACCUGUGGAACUGCUUGCUUCGUCUGUAUUCACAAUGCGGUUGCUUGGAAGCCGCUCGAUCGUUGUUCGACGAAAUGCCUCACCGCGAUGAUGUCUCGUGGACGACCCUCAUGUCAGCGUAUGCAUGUACGGAUCGCGCGGAAGAAUCCUUGAGAUUGUUCUGCGAGAUGUUGACGGAUGGAGCUCGGCUGAACGCUUUUGCUCUGGCCUCCUGUCUGAAAUCUUGUUCGGUUGGUGGAGACUUGGAUUUCGGGCAGCAGUUGCACGGGGUUGUUGUAAAAAUGCAGCCUUUUUGUGAUCUAUUUGUUGGGUCUUCGCUUGUUGAUCUAUAUGCAAAGUGUGAGCGGAUGGAUCUUGCUGAGAAAGUCUUCUUCAAUCUUCCAGAAAAGGAUGCCUUUUGUUGGAACACAAUCCUAGGUGGAUACGUUUCUGUGGGUGAAAACAUGACAGCCUUUAAGAUUUUUUGCCAGUUGAUGCAGACUGGAGAAACAAUCAGUGAGUUCACUUUGCCUACAGUUAUCAAGUGCUGUGGGGGUUUGGAUGAUGUUAGACGAGGCCUGUCAGUUCAUUGUUUUGUGAUCAAGAGUGGGUUGGAACAAGAUGGGUUCUUAAGUAGUAGUCUAGUGGAUAUGUACUCCAAAUAUGGUUUGGCUAUGGAAGCUCAUAAGGUCUUCAUUAGAACUAUUGAUCCUGAUAUUGUUGUCUGGAGUGCGAUUAUAUCAUGCUUUACUCAGCUAGGAUUGAGCACGGAGGCAGUUGAAUUGUUUAGAACUAUGGAGAGGGUAGGAGCCAAAGCAAAUCAUCGUACUCUUGCGAGUGUGGCAAGUGCUGCUUCUGAGUUAGGCGAUCUAGCUCUAUGUGCCAGUCUUCAUGCAUACAUUUUGAAAAAUGGAUUUGAAACUAGAAUAGAAGUUGGCAAUGCUAUAUUAAACAUGUACAUGAAGAAUGGGGCUGUAGGAGAUGGGUGUGUGAUGUUUGACACUAUGUCGGACCAUGACACAGUUUCCUGGAAUUGCCUUCUCUCUGGAUUUCACAGUGGGAAUUCCUGUGACAAAGGGCUAAGAAUCUUCAGAAACAUGCUAACAAAGAAUAUCGCCCCUAACAGUUAUACAUACAUCAGUGUGUUAAGAUCUUGCACUAGCCUGAGAGAUAGCGGUUGUGGGUCCCAAGUUCAUGCUCAUAUUUUGAAGAAUGAUCUAGCUGGUGAUUCUUUCAUUGGAAGAGCUAUGGUUGACAUGUACGGAAGUAGUGGUAACUUAGAAAAUGCUAGUUUGAUCUUUAGUAGACUGAUUGAAAGAGAUGUAUUUUCUUGUACUUUAAUCAUUACCGGAUACACAAAUACAGAUCAAGGUGAGAAGGCCAUUGAUAUCUUUAGACAAAUGCUUCGUGAAGAUAUACAGCCCAAUGAAUUCACAAUUUCUAGUUGCCUGAGAGCUUGCUCGGACUUGGCAACAUUAGCUAGUGGUCGCCAGUUUCAUGCCCAUGUCAUAAAGCGUGGACUGAUUGGGUCGUACGUUUCAUGCAAUCUUGUUGAUAUGUAUUCAAAAUCUGGCUGUUUGAUGGAUGCAGAAUCAGCAUUCAGCGAGUCAACUUCGCAUGAUCUAGUUUCAUGGAAUGCAUUAAUCUGUGGAUACUCUCUACAUGGGUAUGUAUGGAAAGCUAUUGAGUCGUUUAAACAGAUGAUAGAGGAGGGAGAGAGACCUGAUGGAGUUACAUUUAUUGGUGUCCUCUCAGCUUGUAGCCAUGCAGGUUUACUUGAUGAAGGGAUGAUGUACUUUGAUUCUAUGACCCACAUUUAUGGAAUCACUCCUACAAUUGAGCACCAACGCUGCCUGAUCGACAUCCUGGGUAAAGCAUCUAAGUUUUAUGAAGUUGAACAAUGUAUCAAUCAAAUGGGAUUGUCAUCAGAUGCUUUGGUAUGGCAAACAGUUCUUGGAGCCUGUAGAACACAUGGAAAUGUUGAAUUUGCAGAAAAGGUGGCAAACAAACUGUGCAAAUUGGAUCCAAGUAUGGAUUCAAAUUACAUCUUGAUGUCCAAUAUCUAUGCAGUUGCAGGAAGGUGGACGGAUGUCACUAGGACAAGACAAACUAUGGCUAGUCGUGGUGUCAAAAAGGAGCCAGGAUGUAGCUGGAUUGAGGUGAAUGACCAAAUUCAUGUGUUUCUAUCUCAAGAUCAUCCCGACUAACAACAGUGACCAAGUAUAUGAAACUGAAGGAUUUGAUAAGCAAAGUGUUUGUAGAGGAUAGACCAGGUUGACACCUCUCAAUAUGGAGGAGAGAAUACUCUUUCUGGCUUUCAAGGAGUGGAGCUGCCAUAUUCUUUAAACUUAAACAUACAGAGGCAGAUUGUUCAAUUCUGGAAACAUCCAAGGGUUCCCUUUUUUUAUUCAUCAUCUUUGCUGCAAAGGCUCUUGGUCAUUAGAGCAGUUGUUAGAUUUUCUCCCUGAUGACAUUUCCAAAGCUUGGUCACCAUGCCGCCUUCUCUUACUGCGGGGUAUAUUCUUGAAUUUGAUGGUCAAAGUACUCCCAAGCAGGAAUGCAAACAGAAGAUUUUGCAAGGUAUUGCUGAGACAGGGACACACUGAUACAAAGGCGUAUAUCGAAGUAUCAUGAUAGAACACAGAUGAUAGAACUGAUGACAAAAAAGACAGAAGGUUCAACUCCAGCAAUGGCAUAUCUCUGAGACUGUAAUGUCAAACUCUUCAGGUUAAACCAGAAGAUCAAUGCAGGUUCAUGUUCAUGUUCAUAUUACUUGCUUUCUUUCUCCAUGAGAUAUUAUGUACAUAGAAUUUCAUCAUUAGACAAGUUCAACUGGUUGAAGAUGUAAAUAAUAUAAUGCAAAAAAUAAUGUAAUAAUUAUAAUUUAAUUGAUGUGAUGGAUUCAGGAA